AUGACUCCACAGAAACCACAAGAACCAACUAUAUUAGAAAGUUCAGAAACUGAAUCUUUCACUGCAGAUAAAAUGAACAGUAGUAGUAACAAUAGUAUUGGCGAUGACUUAUCACUUGAUGAUUUAUUUAAUAAUUUAAAACAAGAAAUAAAACCAACUAAUGACAUAUUAAUAGAUGAAGAAUCUGAUUACAAAAAGAUAGAGAAGUCUAUAGCUAAAUUACCAAAGAUAAAUUCAAAUUUAGAACAAUCUUUAGAAAUUAAAUCCAAUAAAAAUAAAACAUCAAUUAGAAUACAUGAUCCAGUAACAGUUGUAUCCAAGAAGGAGAAUGAAAAGGAAACAACAGAUGGUAGAUGGUUUCAUAUGAAACAACCAGAAUUAACUGCUGAAAUCAAACGAGAUCUUUCAAUAAUUCAACAAAGAAAUGCUCUUGAUCCCAAAAGGCAUUAUAAAAAGGAAAAAUGGCAAAUACCAAAAUAUUUUCAAAUGGGAACAAUUAUUGAAGGUAAUACUGAAUUUUAUAGUUCAAGAUUAAACAGAAAGCAAAGAGGUAAGAAUUUAAUAACUGAAAUAUUAAAUGAUAAUCAAUCAACUAAAUAUUUCAAAAGGAAAUAUUCUGAAAUUCAAAUUACAAAGACAAGUGGUAAGAAAGCUCAUUAUAAAUCCAUUCAAAAAGCUAGAAGAAAGUUUUAA